AUGGCUCCCGCUCAUCCAACGGCGUCCGAACGACGCAAAGCCACCCGUUCUUCAUUAGCCUGUUUGCCCUGCCGCUCUCGUCAUAUCAAAUGCGACGGUGAACAGCCAAAGUGUAGGCGGUGCAUCCAAGCUGAACAGCAAUGUGCUUACACUCAGUCGCGCCGGGGUGGUCAAACGCGACAGGCUCUUGCCGAAAGACGCCGACGCCUCGCUGCAGCAUCAUCAGCGGAUAAUGGCCAUUCUUCCCUUCCGAAAAGCCCAAGAAUCCCGGAUGUCACUCAACAACCCCACCAAGUUGACUUUUUUGGUGGCGUUGACGUUGCUGACACGCCGUCGAGCUCGGCAGCUCCAGUAUUAUCAAAUACGGGUACCCUCGAUGUAGAUGAUGACACCCUCAUCGACGCGUACUAUGAAAAUUUCCACAAGUUUCACCCCGUGGUGUUACCUCGCAGGCACCUAGCCAGGCUCUACGAGGACACAAGCAAGCCGAUCAAUCUAAGACCUCUGGUUGCCGUGAUGCGCUGCAUUGGCCAUCUCUAUCGCUCCAGAGAAUGGUCUGAUUCGCUAAAGGACUUGGUCGAAGCAUCCUUCGUCGAAACCUCGCCAACGGACCCCAUCAUGGUUCAGUGUCGACUUUUAUAUUCUACUGCUCUCUUCUGGUACGACUACAAGACUGAGUCGAAACGGGAAAUGGACCAUGCCGUCAACACCGCUCUGGGACUUCGGAUGUUUCGUCGCGAAUUCGCAACUGAGCAUGGAUACGGGGAUCCGGUAAUGAUCGAAUCAUGGAGACGGACCUGGUGGUCGCUUUACGUGGUAGACUGCUACUAUGCCGGCACGCUAGGAACGAUAGAUUUCAAAGUUAUCAAUGUCGAUGCCAAUGUUGACCUACCCUGUCAGGAAACAGAGUAUGAAUCAGGUCAGAUUCCGCAACCGCGGACACUUGAAGAAUUUGACUCUCGCGAGUUCGACAUCAGCGACACGCCGUUUUCAUCAUUCGCGUAUCUGAUCGGGGCGGUUAGAUCCGCGGCAGCUGCAUUAUCGGCCGUGCCUCGAUGCUCCGGAAAGAGGGCUUCUUUGGACAUCAUCCAAGCUGCAGAUGCCACUGUCGACGGGUGGCUGCUUUUGCUACCAAAGGAACAUAAACAGGUCCUGGCGAAAACAGGAGAGAUUGACGAGCUCAUAUUCCAAGCUCAUCUGCUAAUUCACGUAUCAAUUGUCGGGAUGCACCGACCCUUAUCCGAUCUUCGCUUCAACCCCGUAGAGCACGUCUCCAGCUGCGCAGGGGACCUUCCUGCGGAGACUCCGACGCCCGAGCUCGUCAACGUGCACACAGCACGAGUACUGCGCUCGGUGGAAUCACAAAUCCGCCUCUUGGCCCUACCAAUCCGGGCCUUCAACCACACUCCGUUUCUUACCUGCAUGAUCAGCGAAGGCACCCUUGCGCUUCUAUCCGCGUGCAACUUUCUCUUCAAGGGAAAAGAGCUGGCCAUCGCAAGAGACCAGAUUCGCAUGAUCAUCGGAUGUCUCAAGGCACUGGCGGAGAUAUGGCCCCGAACACGGAGGAACGUGCAUGAAAUCCAGCUGAUCGCCCGCUAUGUACUUGGACUGGAAGGCAAGAAGCCUCCUCCCCCGGAGCCAAUCCGGUCGAGUGAAUCGGAUGAUAGUGUACAGGGUCUUGGGUCGGAAGUCAUGACGUUCGACGACGAUGGCUUACCGCCUGUAGAUACUCUAGAAGGGAUCGAUCUAUGGCAGAGUCUUGGUGAUCUAGAUGCUGGGCUUUCUUGGUGGGCUGAUGGACAAUAG